AUGCCUCCAAAUAGGAAAUAUAUGACAAUUAAAAGAAAAGCAAAAAAAGAAUUGGAUGCUGCUAAAAGCAUGAAUGAGAAAGAAAAUAAAUAUACUGCUGUUGUUAAGGCUGUCAACCAUAUUCAAAAAGAUAGAUCUGCUUAUAAGAAGUAA